UUUCACGGACUUCCCCCCGCCCGCAGCGGGGCCGGGCAGAGCCGGGCGGGGCGGGGACCGGCGCUCCCUCCCUGCCCGCCGCGCCCUUCUUUAGCCGGCAGCCCGCACCCCUCCGACGCCAGGUCCGGCGGCACCCGGGGGAUGCGGCGCUGCGAGAAGAAGCGGCUGCGCCCGCUGCUGCUGGCGCUGCUGCCCGCGCUGCUGCUGCUGGCGCUGCUGGGCGGCGCGGGGCGGCUGGGCGGCUGCAGCCCGCACGAGCUGGGCGUCGGCACCGCGCCGGCCCGGCGGCGGCUGUGCCGGGAGCGGCUCUACCCCGCGCUGCGCCUGGCCGCGCCCGCGCCCCUCAACUGCUCGCGCAUCGUGCGCGGCGACGAGGCGGCGCUGCGGGCCGCGCUGGGCAGCAGCCGGGCGCUGAAGGACGGGCGGGCGCCGCUCACGCCCGCCGACUACCUGAACCUGACGGCGGACUGCGCGAGCUACCGCGCCCGGCGGCGCUUCGUGCAGGUGGCGCUGAGCGAGGAGGAGGCGGCCUUCCCGCUCGCCUUCUCCAUGGUCAUCCACGACCAGCUGGAGCUGUUCGAGCGCCUGCUGCGGGCCGUGUACGCGCCGCAGAACCUGUACUGCGUGCACGUGGACGCCAAGGCGCCCGCUGCCUUCCUGCAGGCCGUGCGUGCCCUGGCCGCCUGCUUCCCCAACGUCUUCGUGGCCAGCCGGCUGGAGCACGUCGUCUACGCGUCCUGGUCGCGCCUGCAGGCCGACCUCAACUGCAUGGAGGACCUGCUGCGCCGGCCCGAGCCCUGGCGCUACCUGCUCAACACCUGCGGCACCGACUUCCCCCUCAAGACCAACGCCGAGAUCGUGCGGGCCCUGCAGCUGCUCCGCGGCCGCAACAACAUGGAGUCAGAGCGGCCCUCGGCCAUCAAGCGCGAGCGCUGGCGCUACCAGCACGAAGUAUCUGAGGGUGGCACCCUGGUGCGCACCGGGGUGACCAAGAGCCCCCCGCCGCUGGGCAGUGCCAACAUGUUCACGGGUAACGCCUACAUAGUGGUGACGCGGGGCUUCGUGCGCCAUGUCCUGGAGAGCCCCGAGGCGCAGCGCCUGCUGGCCUGGGCCCAGGACACGUACAGCCCCGACGAGCACGUGUGGGCCACGCUGCAGCGCCUGCCGGGCGUGCCGGGCGCCUUGCCACCCAACGACAAGUACGAGCUGUCUGACAUGAACUCCCUGGCGCGCUUAGUCAAGUGGCACUACCUGGAGGGUGACAUACAGCGGGGGGCACCCUACCCACCCUGCACCGGCACGCACCGCCACGCCAUCUGCAUCUACGGCCUGGGGGACCUGCCCUGGAUACUCCAGCAGCAGCACCUGCUGGCCAACAAGUUUGACCUGAGUGUGGACGAGCAGGCGGUGCAGUGCCUGGAGGAGCACCUGCGCCACGAGGCGCUCUUUGGCCCAGGGUCAUGAGCCCACCGCUGCACAUAGUCCGAGGCAUGGGCAAGGCUGCCGAGCACAGAAAGCCCGAUUGUCACCGCUGCCUGAGGGGCAGGGCCACCUACCUGCUAGGCAGCCAUUGCUGAAGCAGGUCUGCCCUGUCCUUCCCCUGAUGCUACCUCCAGCCCCUGCUUGGCUCAGGGAGGAGACCCAAGAGGCUAAGCUGAGCAGGCUCAACCCACAGCUCAGGUCCCCACAGCCUUCGGACUUAACUGUGCUUCAGCAGGGGAAGCCCAGGACUGGCAGCCCAAACCACCUCAGCAGUCUCCCUUCUCCCGGGAUCUGGGUUGCUCUCUGCACAGGAAAUACUGUCUCAGCCCAAACCUGGCUCUCAUGCCAGGGGCAGGGCACAUACUCAGAGCUGGUUCAUAUAGAGGCUGCUCCAGGUGGUCCUCUCAGGGGUCCCCAACUGUGGGGAAGGAGGAGAAGGAGCAGGGAGAACCUACGUUCUUAUACCUCAGGACUUAGGCUCAGCUGCACAGAGCUUCUGCAAUGCCAGAGGCUUUGCACACAUGUGAAUGGUAAAAACCUGUUCGUUUUUAUUCUACUACUGUUCAGAGAUAUUCAGACCUAGUUCAGCAUGUUUCUCAUGGACCUUCUGGUUACUGAAAUGUUCCAUCAAGUUGCCUGUUAAAAUUGUGCUUAAGAAGUUGGCUGCCCUUGUGAACAUACCACUUAUGGACAGCAACACGGACAUUUGCAACAUGAGUUGUGUCUUUUUGUGAGAAAUUCUCUGAAAGGAUUAAUGCUUUCUAUAACCCUUACAGCUUCAGAAAGUUGUUUUAUGCAGUGCUGAAGAUCACAGAAAGGUGGCCUGAAAUGAGAGAGUCUCUUAUGACUGUUUUUAUUCCUUGCAGGACCUCCUCCCUUCACCCAUACAUAGGCAGCAAACUUGCUCUUCUAAAACAACUGCCAUCUUCUGCUUCCCCUCUCCCUUCAUGCUAUCCCUGGCUUCCCUCUUGUUUCAUUCUUUUAUUCAUCUUAUCCACACAGGCAUUACAGAUUUAUUGGUUCAGGAAUGUUUACAGAACAGUUUUGGGGGGUUCAUCUAAUUAAUCAAUUUUCCACCCUCUUAAUUUUGCUCUGCUCUUCCAGUCUCCUAUUUUACCAUACAUACCUCCCUAUUUAAAACACACUUCAAGUAAAUUAAGGAUGGACAGGAAAUAAGUCUUGAAAGCAUUGUCUCAGAGUUUUUCCCUUCUGUAGGAGCAGAACCUUAAUCAACAUUCACAAUUUAAAGUAGUUUCUAUAAGAGAACAAACUGCUUCAUUUUUCUGUCCUCUCCCUUCCAAGCUUUGCUUCAGUAUCUGAACAGCCACCCUCAGCACAAGCCUUCUUACUAUGCAACUCAGGUCCACUCCUGGCUUCCCCCCUCCUCUCCCCUCCUUUGAUUGCCUUGUAUGGUUAAGCUUUGUUUGUUUUAAACAGGUACUUUCGUUAAAAGCUAACCAGAAGCCAUAUUGCAGAUGGUAUAAGUUACUUAACUUGAAGACGUGAAAUCAAAUAAUAUAUAACAGACCAAGCCCAGCAUCCGGUUCCUCGGGCAUUUUCUAACUUUUAUGACGUACCUGACGAGAACAGAAAGGAUGAUAGGUGACCGGAUAAGGCCUGCCUCUGGGCUGUUGAGGGGGUGUUAUGCUCAGUGACCAAAGCCAUUUAACCACUCUAGACUUUGUUUACCCAUCUGUAUUGUGGGGAGGGGGACACACAUGAAACAAAAGCACCAAGAUUCUUGAAGAAAAAGUACCAGUGAAAAUUACUUACCAAAAAAGGGGUUCUCUCAAAAUUUACACAGCUGAGCGUUCAAUGGAAAAUGUGGCAUUUAACCCUAAUAUUAGUCAAUGAUCAUUCUUCUCUUGUAAUCAAUCAUUUGUGGCUGGAGUAGCACACCCAUUCAUUUCUCUGUUGUACCUGCCUAGAGACAUCUCUGUUUUUGCUCCGCUUUUCUUGUCUAUCAUGUUGAGCUUCAGUUCUGUCUUCUCUGGGCUAAUACUUCAAAGCACAUAAAAGAGUUACCCAGUACUUAUUUUGAGUAGUAAAGCAUUAUAUCAGGCCUACCUGGGGACAUGAAGUAUUACUGUAUGAAUGUCUGGGGCAAAUAAAGGCUACUGAAAUCCA